CUUAACUUUACACCUAUAUUACUGUUGAGGAGCAAGAAACAACCGAGUCUAAUGAAGACACCGGUGUAUAAAUAUUUUUUCGUGUUUUUUAUGUUCCCUGAUAAUUAGCAAACAGCUAUGACUCAAGUGAAGGUAAAAGUGAAACCGAAAGUAAGUUAGCAGCUAGCAGCUAGCUUCUUGAGGCUAGGCACUAGAGAACGCUCGAGCCGUUGGAGUUGGACCAACCAUCAACAGAAACUAAUGGCGGUGAUAAUAUGGGCGUUGUGCAUCAUUCUCCUCGAUGCAUUGCUGUGUUCAACACAGUGGGCUUGCUUGGUGCUGUGGAAGUGCUCCAGCUCUGGCGGACUGGCCGGAGUUUGGGCCUUCGGACUGAUAAAGUGGCUUUUUCUCCAUGUGUUUAUCUCAGCGCUAACAGAUGGAAAACAGCGGGCAGUACUCCAAAGGUUAGCAGCGCUCCUUUGCCUUAUUUCCCCUGUGUUUGAAACUGGACGGAUCCUCAGCACACCUCCCUCAGAGCGGCCCAUAGGACCUUCUCCUGAUAUCAGCAUGCUGUUGAUGGGUGCUGCGUCCUCAUCGUUGGCCUGUUUGGUGUGGGAACAAUGGCUUUCUCCAAAUGGACAGAAGACAAAAGACAAUCUGGACACUAAACGUUUGCUCAUGAGAGUGCUGACGUACUUCAAACCAGACACAGUUCAUCUGAUCGCAGCUUUUAGCUUCCUCAUCAUGGGAGUCAUCUGUGAUACUUACAUCCCUUUAUAUCAGGGAAAAGUGAUUGACUUGCUCAGCGGUCAACAGCUUCAAAGCGGUUUUGGUUAUGCAGUCGGGCAUCUAGUGCUUAUUUCUUCUGGAAGCGCGCUGUUCUCUGGGAUGAGAGGAGGCAUUUUUAUGGCUGCUUUGGCCAGACUGAACAAGAGACUGAAACAUCUGCUGUUUCACAACCUCCUGAAGCAAGAGGUGCACUUCUUUGAGGAGAACAACCCAGGACGACUGUCCUCUCGGCUGCACAGUGACGUUGACAGGAUGGGACGAACCGUGGCUCUGAAUGCCAAUGCAACAGUUCGCAGCACAGUCAAAACGUUCCUCAUGCUUCGAGUGAUGUUGGGCCUGUCCUGGGAGCUGACCGUGCUUACUUGCAUAGAGAUGCCACUCCUGGCCAUGUUGCAAAAUAAAUACAUCAAGCUGUCCAAGGACCUGAAAGAUCGGACCCAGGAAUGCCUCGCUCAGAACAAAGAUCUGGCUUCCCAGACGAUCAGCGGGAUCCGAACGGUCCGCAGCUUCGACGCAGAGAAAGAGGAGCUGAGGCGAUACCAUGUGGCUCUAGAAGAGCAGUGUGCCAUCAAAAGACAGUCAGACAUAUACAGCGCUGUUUAUCUUCUAAUACGAAGGCUGGUGUCUCUGGGUAUAAAGAUAUUUAUGCUGAUUCAAGCCCGAAGCCUCAUUUCUGCCGGUCAGCUCAGCAUCGGUAGUCUGGUGUCCUUUUUCUUGUACCAGAAGCCGAUGUCAGUCAAUCUAAGGGAGAUCAUGUAUUGCUACGGAGAGACGAUGUCCACAGUGGGAGUGAUUUCCAAAGUGCUGAGUUACCUGGACAGGACACCAAAAAGCAAAGAGGAAGGAGACUUGGCUCCUAAGACGCUGGAUGGGAGAAUAGCUUUCCAAAAUAUCAGUUUCAGUUAUCCCUCUGCUCCCUCUGGUGAACCAGCUCUAAAGUCGGUGUCGUUGGAAAUCCGCCCAGGAAAGAUCACGGCUCUGGUGGGUCCCUCCGGUGGGGGAAAGAGUUCCUGCGUCAGCCUCCUGAAGAGGCUGUAUGAGGCUCAGGAGGGUCAGAUCCUGCUGGACGGAGAGCCGCUGCACCGCUACCAGAAAAAAUACUUCCAUCAGAAGGUUGCACUGGUUUCCCAGAAUCCUGUGCUGUUUUCUGGUUCUCUGAAGUACAACAUAGAGUAUGGUCUAGAGGAGCUUCCUCUGGAGAAGGUGGAAGAAGUUGCAAAGAGGAUCAACGUACACAAGUUCAUCUCUGAAAUGGAGAACGGCUAUGACUCUGAUAUUGGAGAGUGUGGAGGCAAACUGUCAGAAGGACAGAAGCAGAGCCUCGCCAUCAUCAGAGCUCUGGUUCGAGAUCCCCAGGUCGUCAUCCUGGACGAAGCCACAAGCAAACUGGAUGUAGAUGCAGAGAAGACGGUUCUGAACGAGAUUCUGGCUCGCGGACGGACGGUUCUGAUCGUGGCUCAUCAGCUCAGCAUUGUGGAGAAAGCGGAUCACAUCAUUUUCAUGGAGGACGGUUCGAUCCGGGAGGAGGGGACCCAUGAGGAACUCAUGAACAAAAAAGGAUGCUACUUCCGUUUGAAGGAGGAGCUGUUUUCUGAAGAAGACUUGUAAAACAAAAAUAAAUAAAAAAACAACGACUCACAAGCACUUCUCAUCUUGUAUUUCGCCAAAAAGCUUCUGUUGUAAAUAACAGGUUGGCUGAGGUUGUAUAUUUAAUAAACACAGAACAGUGACAUCAGGCUGUUUCAGGAAGGGAAAUGUGAUUGUUUUUUAUGUUUCUUGUUUGAAGUGCAUUAAAAUAGUUUGACAAAAAAGCUGAAAUGAUUGAUGUUUUCUUGUCUUUACCACCCAAGGCGAUGUUUACAGACUGUCAUCAGUGUAAAAUAAAGGAUGUGAAUAUGUACAUUUUGGUAACCAACUGUCACUUGUUAUUUUUGUAAAAUAUUAUGAUUUCAUGCAAAAACAUAUCUAAUAAUGACGAGUUGUUUCUGUGAGCCUCUUGCAUUUUUUCAUACUUUGUUCCAUUACAACAACAAACCUAUUUUUUUAUUAACCUAUAACCUAUAAAAUCUUAUUAUUUUAUCAAGAGGCACAAAGUAAUGCACCACUGUGAAGUUGAGCUAACAUGUACUGCUUCUUAUGGAAUAAGAAUAAAAGUUUGAAAGUUCACACAUUUUU